CGCGCGCUCUCUCCAGCGCGCUCGUCGACUUCAGUCCCGUCCUGCACUUCACCGCCAAACCAGUGAUCCCAUCACUCCCAGCAAGAUGACCAUCAGCACCUUGGCGAGAGGAGGCUGGCAACGAGAGCAGAUGGCAUGCUUCCGAAAGAUGGAGAGAGUGAUCGUGUCCAUGCAGGAUCCUGACAUGGGGAUGAAGAUGAGAAACCAGAGGCUCCUCAUCACUGUUAUCCCUCAUGCCAUGACAGGCCAUGAUAUUGUCGUGUGGCUGAUUCGUAAGUUCACCAUCUACGAGGAAGAGGCGCUGCACCUUGGCAACCUGCUGGUGAGGUAUGGCUACAUCUACCCCCUCAAGGAGCCCCGCGCCCUGCAGCUGAAGCCCGACGAGUCCCCCUACCGCUUCCAGACGCCGUACUUCUGGAUCAGCACAAGAUGGCCGGCAACAGAGCUGGACUAUGCGAUCUAUCUGGCCAAGAAGAACAUCCGGAAACAGGGGGAGCUCAUGGAAUAUGAAAAGGAAAGUUACAGUCAGCUACACAAGAGGAUCAACCACACCUGGGACUUUGUAGUAAUGCAAGCCAGGGAACAACUCAGAGCCUCCAAGCAGAGGCGGAAGGCCGACCGGAUGGUUCUAGAAUGUCAGGAGCAGGCCUACUGGCUCAUCAACCGACCUCCACCUGGAGCACAUGACGCAUUGGACAUGGGUCCAGAGAAGGGAAAUGUCGUCAACUCGCGGGUCAACCUGAACAGUGAAUUCUACAAGAUGGAGAUUGAAAACAGCAAGAGAGCACUUGGAAGAAACCGUGUCAAGUCUUCCAUCUGUCUGGAAGGUUUUGUGAAGUACAGUGAGCAGUACCACAACCAGGAUCCCAUCAUGCACGGCUGUCUUCCCAGUAACCCCUGGAUCUCUGACGACCCGGCUCACUGGGCCCUGAACGCAGACCAGGUGAGCGUGCCCACGCGCCUCAGGGUGGAGCGGUGGAGCUUCAGCUUCAUGGAGCUGCUGAACGACUCGAUGGGCCGGAAGGAGUUCAUGACGUACCUGGAGAAGGAGUUCAGCGCGGAGAACCUGUGCUUCUGGCAGGCAUGUGAAGACCUUCGUCAUGGGGAGACGUCAAAGAUCGUCCAGAAGGUGGAAGAAGUCUACAGGCAGUUCCUGGCCCCCGGUGCGGCCCGCUGGGUGAACAUCGACAGCAAGACAAUGGACAAGACGAUGGAGGGAAUCAAACACCCGCAUCGCUUCGUCAUGGACGCCGCCCAGAUGCACAUCUACUUCCUCAUGAAGAAGGACUCGUAUCCCAGGUAUCUGAAGUCAGAACUCUACAAGAGCAUGCUGGCCAAAGCCAUCGUUCCUCAGGAGACCAAGAAGAGCGUGUUUCCCUUCAUGCGACGCCAGCGACACUCUAGCCCCUCCCCCGCCAAGGUGAUCGCUACGGCAACAGAGCAAGACGGGCAGGGGGCGGGACAGGCGGGUGCGAACUCGUCCGCUGUCUCCCAGGUUUGACGCGUGACGUCACAGGACGCCAUCAACAUCAUCACCAUCAUCAACACAACAAUAGCUUUUCACACAACUUUACUUUAGCUUACCAUCACUUUGCUCACUCCUUUUGAAUAGCUUUCACGCUAAUAGAUAUCCCCAGCUGACACACGAGUCACUUUAAACUACCGCUCCAGUCGAGAUAGCUUAUUAAACGUGGUGCUCUGGAGAACUGUUGAGGGAAACAACUGAUCGUUUCCUCUUCUCCUCUGCGUACAGAUUUUAAAGGCUCUGCAAUAAUGUGACAUCACACCAAUAAAAGUUCUAGGAAAUCCGGCACUUCCAUCUUUCUACUGCUUUAAUGUUCUCUAAAUUUCUCUAAAUGAGUCACCAUAGUAACCAUCCGAAGGAGUUCGCUAUCUCACUUUUGGCAUAGUUUACAAAUUGCAAUAAGUAUAAUAACAAAGUUUACUUGUUUCACAGAUCAUUAUAAAUAGAGCACAUGGUUAUAACAGUUAUAAAAGCUACUGUUCCACUUUGCUACCAGUUAUGGAUUAUACCCACUCUUACAAUCCCAUCUUAGUUAAUGGUUUGUAUGUCUGUUUUUCCAGUUGUUUCCACAGUUCAUUCUUUCCCUUAAUCCAAACUUCAAUCUUCAAAUGUCCAGUUUGCAGUUUGUAUGCCACUUCAGUACAAGUGCAUGGAAGGUCAAAAAUAGAUAACUUUUUACAGAACAAGGGUCAUGAAGUCCCCUGCUAAAUGUGGUUUAAUGUUUUACUUUCAUUUUGCCGAAUAUGCCAGACCAUUGAAGUCCCCAUGAAGAUAUUUCCUAGAAGAUUUCCUGUUAAAAUGGUCAGGGUUUAAAUUAUUUGUUUUGUCAACUGUGUGAUCUAAAUGUCUCAUGUCACACAUGCUUGUGUCAUGUCUAAGCUUCGUUCCAUUACCAUGGCUCCUCCUUGUUGUAGCCUGUUGAUUUUACUCCAGCAUGUUGCCAUGGCAAUAAACUGUCACGGCAGUGUCUGUGUUUUGUGUAUGGGUUAAUAAUUAUAGGGAAUGGAUGGGAAGGGACAUUAGAUGAAAUAAAAUACAACAAUGUCUUACACUAACUUGCCCUCUCCGUGAAACAUUAUGGAUUUGUAUUGAUUCAUAGAACACGAUCUGUUAUAAACACAGAUUACUUUUUAUUUCUCAA